GUCUCGGCCAUGGCCAGCGACUUCUACCUGCGCUACUAUGUGGGCCACAAGGGCAAGUUCGGCCACGAGUUCCUCGAGUUCGAGUUUCGGCCGGAUGGAAAACUGCGGUACGCCAACAACAGCAAUUACAAAAAUGACGUCAUGAUCAGAAAAGAGGUUUACGUCCAUAAGAGUGUGAUGGAGGAAUUGAAGAGAAUCAUUGACGACAGUGAGAUUACAAAAGAAGAUGAUGCUUUGUGGCCUCCGCCUGACAGGGUGGGACGGCAGGAACUUGAAAUUGUGAUUGGAGAUGAACACAUUUCUUUUACUACAUCCAAAAUCGGCUCCCUUAUUGAUGUGAACCAGUCCAAGGAUCCCGAAGGUUUUCGAGUCUUUUAUUACCUGGUCCAGGACCUGAAGUGUUUAGUCUUCAGUCUUAUCGGUUUGCAUUUCAAGAUCAAGCCCAUCUAG